GCCCCCGCCCGCUAGGGGGCGCUCGGCCGGGCGCCGAAUCAACGAGAGACUCGCCGGAGGGAGGCGGAGCCCGGCCCGGCAACAUGGCGCCGUCCGCGUUGCUGCGCCCCUUCUGCAGGCUGCUGGCCCCCGCCAGGCUCCCGAGCGGCUCUUCAGCGCGGUCAAAGUUCUAUGUUCGGGAGCCGCUACAUGAUAAGCCUGACUGGCUUAAAGUUGGAUUGACCUUGGGCACCUCCGUCUUCUUGUGGAUCUAUCUCAUCAAACAACAUAAUGAAGAUGUUUUAGAGUAUAAAAGAAGAAAUGGUUUGGAAUAAACUUUAAAUACUAAUACGGUAUGCUCCAUAUAGCGAUUAAAGCAGUUCCAAUCUGUUGAGUUCUAAAUGUGAGAGAAAAAGUUUUAUGUGAAUAUAUGUCAAGUCGGCUUUUGUGUUUUGCAUCAGAAAUUAAAAAAUAAAAAUAAUUCUGUAUUCUUCAAGUUA